AUGCGCCUCCUGGAAUCACUGGAAAACCCGGCAAUGAAUGGUAAAACAAUUACAAAGCAAUCUGCAUCCACAUGCCAGUGGCUGUUGAAAGCAUCUGAGUACGACGAGUGGCUCAAUGCCGAAAUAUCCAAAGACAAUCGUGACUUCCUAUGGAUCAAAGGGCAUCCCGGUACAGGAAAGUCAACACUAAUGAAAUUUUUGUCCAAAACUCUUAAAGCUCGGAGAAAGAAAGGAAAUGCUGUCAUCUCCUUCUUCUUCCAUGCUCGAGGAGUUGAAUUGGCAAAAUCCACGGUCGGAAUGUACCGAUCUUUAUUGAAACAGCUUCUGCACGCGCUUCCACGACUCCAAGGCAUCCUCGACAGCUUCGAUAUGAGCCAACAAAGCAAGGAAACGCCGGAUUGGAACUUGGCUGAUUUGAAAUCACUUUUUAAAAAAGCCAUUGCCCAACUUGGCGACUCUUCAUUGAUAAUUUUGAUUGACGCCCUGGACGAGUGUGAAGAAAGCCAGAUCCGAGACAUGGUGAAAUUUCUCCUAUGUGUUGGUCAGAAGGCCCAAAACAAGGGUAUUGUGCUACGAAUCUGCUUUGCGAGUCGGUUCUACCCCAACAUAUCGAUCAACGAACAAAGGGGCAUCGACCUUGACCUCACGUCGCAUGUGGGGCAUGGUCAAGACAUGAAGACUUAUAUCAACAACGAACUGGAGGGUACCAUUCAGGAACCUGAGACUCUCCAGACGAUCAGCGACAGCCUCAUGGAAAAGGCUCAAGGAGUGUUUCUGUGGCUGCAGCUGGUGGUGCCGAGGGUCGUGCGAGCUUUCGACCAUGGAAGGCUAGAAGAUGUUGAACUUUUGAUUCAAAAAACACCUGGAAAGCUCUAUGAGGUUUUCAAGCAGAUGAUAGAACGCGAACCCAAACCUUCGGCUGAAUUGCUGUUGUGUCUUCAGUGGAUACUCUUCGCCAGACAACCCUUGAGUCCCGCCCAAUUACGAGACGCCAUUCUCAGUGGCUCGAGGACGAAAACACCGGAAUCUGCCUGGUUCUAUUCCAUACACAACAAGAAGAAGGAAUUCAGAGAAGCAAUCAUUGACAAAUUCAUCAUUGAUAGCUCCAAAGGGCUGGCAGAGACGAUCGAGUCGGGCGGGGAGAAGAUUGUACAGUUCAUUCAUGAGUCUGUGAGGAACUUUCUUCUCGAGAGUGCUUAUUGGGCGGGGUGUCUCAAGGAUUAUUGGCCAGGCUUCCUGCAAAACUUUAAAGGGAAAAGUCACAACACGCUGAAGCAGUGCUGUACCCGAUACAUACGCUUGAGCGCUCCCCGUGUCGACAGCUGCACUGUAUACGACCCAAAAAAAGACGAAAUGUUCCGCAAUGACGCCAUGUAUAAAUUUCCACUACUUGAGUAUGUUGUUGGCAAUAUACUACAUCACGCAGAUACGGCAGAGGGCAGUGGCGUCGACCAGGAAGCAUUUGUCUGUGAGGCAGAGGGUAGUGGCGUCGACCAGGAAGCAUUUGUCUGUGAGGCAGAGGGCAGUGGUGCCAGCCAGGAAGCAUCUGUCCACGAGGCAGACGGCACUGCUGUCAGCCAGGAAGCAUCUGUCCAUGAGGCAGACGGCACUGCUGUCAGCCAGGAUCUAUGUGUCGGCGAAGGCUUCCCUCGUUGUGAAUGGAUCAAGCUCCAGAGGCUUCUGUCCAUAUACGACAGCCGCCGGCACGUCUCAAGUGCGAGACUGCUGUACAUUCUAUCAGAGCACAAUGCAGCGAAUCUCAUAAAUCGCCACCCAUGCAAGUCGAAUGGCUUUGAACAAGGAGACGAGCGAUAUUGCAUGCCUCUGUUGGCAGCGGUAUUCGCCGAAAGCCACCAGGCACGCGGUGCCCUCAUGAGGGCCUAUGCGAAUGCAAUCAUGGAUGCGCGGAGGCAUAAGCUUCACGCUAUAUGCGAUAAAUUCCUCGCAGGUGAGAAGAAGCGUCGCCCUCGCUUGACUAUUUCUACUUUAAGAAGAAAAAGCGUGCUCUGCAAUGUGUUUUUGGCUGGCGAUGAGUCGCUUUACAAUUUUGCUGUCGCUUCGGAUCUUUCCCUGGAAGAUGAUGGGUGGGAGGCCUUGGAGUCCGCCGCGAAAGCUGGCAAUGAGGACAUGUUCAACCUACUCCUCGAACUCGGCGCCGACAGUAAAAAGCCGCACAAUAAGUUUGCGCUCAAGUUUAGCGGUCGAACACUCUUGUGGGCUGUUAAGAAGCUCUGGCACAAUGGUGUUGUGAGGCUUCUUCGCAGCCACGCGGAUAUUGAAUAUUCCGAGGAAGACUGGUUGACACCGUUGCUGUGUGCCGCCAAGCAAGGCGAGCCGCGUAUGGUCGGCCUCCUCCUACAGUUCAGGGCCAAUAGUAGGGCGAGAGAUCGGUGUUAUUGGACACCACUGAUGUGGGCGGCUCGAUUGGGGCACCAAGCCGCUGUUGAAAUACUGUUGUGUGCAAGAGCCUCACUUAGGCACCAAACCGCGGCUGGUGAGCCCUAUCAAAAUGACAAUUCCUCCAUAACGGCGUUGUGGUGCGCUAUCUGCCAAUGGUUACACAAGCCGAGACAAGUGUUGCCCUCCAGUGCUCCCCAGGAGAUGGACAGCAACUCGACGUUUUCUCACGAUGAUUCCCUCAUGCAUGAAAUUCGGAGGGUAGUCCUGAUCAACGAACGCGCCGAUGUCAGUGGACCCAACUACGCCGGCAUCACACCGCUGCUUGUCGCCGUCUUUGUAGGAGAUGAAGAAUUGGCAAGGCUCUUGAUUGACAAAGGCGCUGAUAUCAACUGGAGAGACCAAAAAGGCGCGACGCUACUGAUGUAUGCUUCCUUUCUGCAGCCAAAUGAAAGGUUGUGGCCUAGGAAUUUGAUUGGCGAUAUCAGAGAGCCUACUCAUGCUAUGCAGGAAGGUUUUGCAAAGCUUCUGAUUGACAAAAAGGCUGAUGUCAACGCGUCUGACGCAGACGGUAAGACGGUGCUCAUGCACGCCGUCUUGUACGGAAACCAAUGGGAUCUUCAGCUUCUGCUUAGGUGUGACGCCAAGGUCAACACUUCUACGGCAGACGGCGAGACGGCGCUGACAUACGCUGUCCGUGCUAGAAAUCAUGAAGCGUUGGACUGGCUACUACAUUCUCAGGCUGAUACUGACGCGACGACUCAGAACCGCCAUAAAGCGCUAAGUAUAGCCAGAGCAGCAGGAAACCAGGAAGCAGCACGCCUGAUUGAGACUUACACGCCUGGAACUCAAUACUACCGUGACUUCCAUCACAGGCGAAGUAUUAUGCUGCUGCCAUCAAGAACGAAGCUGGGCGGAACGUUAAACUGA